AUGGAGGAGUGCGAGCAGCUGAAGAGUCGACUUUCACAGGUGAGCCCCAAGGUUAUCCAGCGAAAUGAACGAGUCCAAGAGGUGGAGGCAAAAUGGAUCACGGACAAGGCGGCGCUGGAUCGGAGGUUAUUGGAUCUUGUACGAGAGCGUGAAAGGAUGCAGAAAGAUUAUGAAGUCCAAGAGGGAACGUGGAAAAAGACGAUCAGUGAAAAAGAUCGUCAGGCCCGAGAGCAACAGUCCAGACUUGAGCAGAAGAUUCAGGAACUGGAAGCAAUUCAGAAGACGAUGCAAGCUGGAUUACAAGUUCAACAGCAAGCGAAAUCUCCGCCAACUCCACCUCCUCCAGCUCCAGGUCCACAUCGUGAGAAUGGAGCACCACCGCCGCCAGCUCCACCUCCUGCUGGUCUUCUGGCCCCGGUAACUGGUGGGCCUCCAGCUCCACCUCCCCCGCCUAGUCUAUCUAAUGGCCCGUCAGCCAACGGCGGACCACCACCCCCACCUCCGCCGCCACCACCAGGAUUCGGUAAAGGUGGGCCGCCAGCUCCCCCGCCUCCAGGUUUCAUGAUGAAUGGCCCUGCUGCAGAUACACUGAGGAAAGACUUAUCAAACAAGUUGAAUUGGACAGCGAUGAAGCCGAAUCAGGCGAAGAAUACGGUCUUCGAAGAUCUAAACGACGAGAAAAUCAUAGAGAAACUGGAUUUCUCACACCUGGAGGAAAUGUUCAAAUUAUCACCUGUAAAUAACAAUAACCUGAUGGAGAAUGGUAAUCGAUUAGAAGUAUCCAGUUCGACGUCGGUGAUUGGUCAGCACAGCCCUGGAUCGACUGGUAGCGGACCUACGAAGAAGAACUCGCUGUUGGAUACGAAACGAUUGCAGAACCAAUUAGCUCGUCGUGAAACUGCGCUCGAACCUCGUGAACUAAUGGCUGCUGUUCACCAGAUGGAUUUGAACACGUUGUCUGCUGAUAAAGUAGACAUUUUAUCAAGAAUCCUACCUAAUGAUGAGGAAAGAAAACUGUAUGCGGAACGAGGAGACGAUGAGGGGCUUAGUGAUGAGGACCGAUUCAUGGCGGCAUUGUGCGAGAUUGAACGCCUCGAGCAUAAACUGAGCGUGAUGCGUGUGAUGGCCGACUUCGAUGAGAGCGUUGCGUUACUGGAACCGCAGUUCACUCACGUAACAGCGGCAUCGAAAUGUGCUCGUGAAGCCACAAUGUUCCAUCGUGUACUAGAAGUGAUUCUGGCCUUUGGUAACUACAUGAAUAGCUGUCGUAAAGGAAGUGUGUAUGGUUUCCGUUUGAGCAGUUUGGACUCGUUGGCAAUAAUGAAAUCGCCGUCGGAUCGCUCGUUAACACUUCUUCACAUGGUCGUGGAAUCGAUAGAGCGAUCGUUCCCUGACUUGAUGAAGUUCGCCGAUCAGCUGAAGUUCGUCGACAAGGCGUCUGGU